AUAUAAAAGCUGUAUAUUCCUUUUUUCAGGAAUCAAACGGAUGGAUGCGGUUCCUAACACUUGUGGGUAACUGUGCAAACCAGCUGUACUUCCCAUUGGAGCACGUGUCAUGGUGUGCCCAGAAUAAGAUUAUUGAUAGGCCACAUACCAAGUGGGCGAUAGCUUGUAUUGCAGCAUGGGCAGUGUCACUGUUCUCGGAAAUACUCAAAGCCAUCAGUAGGAUUUACAUGAUCAGAAAUGCCCAGAGAAGGCUGCUGAAAGAACAACAGCUGGAGGCAAAGAAUGAAAGCGAUUCUACUGAAAUGACUGCAAGCAUCAAGAACCAGAUUCGAGCUUUAAAAGCACAGGAGAUGGACAAUUAUUUGGCAGUUGUCGAAAAUAGUGCCGAUUUUACCAAUGCUAUCAACUGGCUCCCGGCUGGUUACUUCUGGUCUGGCAAGUUUCCGUCCAGGUUUUGUGGUGGCAUGGGGAUCAUUUCAUCCGCGAUAAAAUUAUAUCGCAUACACAGUGCAAAAUCAAAAGUUUCGUAACUGGAAUUUAAUCCAUUGACUCCAUAUUUUUAAAAAUGCAUAAUCUUUACUUUUAAUGUGAUUGUUGACAUAUUUAACAUAGUGGUAGAUCAAUGAAAAACAGAAUUAAUUCUGAUUAAUGAACAUAACUGACUAAAAAGUGUCAGUUGAGUAAGUAACAAAAUAGUAUACAAUUAGUUUUUCCAUAAAAAAUGCAAAAAUAAUCGUUUAACAUUUAGUCUGCUGGCGGCAAGUGGUUUCAAUUUUGAGACCAGUGCCAACCAAGAUCAGCCUGCACAGGCUGAACUUGGUCCGCACUGUUCACUAUUCAGUUAGUAGAUUUUCAGUGAACAUCACUUAGAAUAAUAAGUGGGUCAGCACAGAUAGAAUAAUGGAACAGUCCAUUUUAGACAUAUAGCAGGGUAAUGGUUAAUGGAACGGUUUAUGCGUUAUCUGUGCCAUUUUAAUCUUUCAGUAUUGUAUGAUUUUUUAUGUCUGCUUUCAGUAUCACCCCAUCCCUUUAAAAUCAGCUCCAGACCCCAAACCCAUUCUUCUCCCCCCCCCCAUGCCCACAUAAGUGUUUCCUUUUUAUGCCCCCACCACUUUGGGGGGGGGCAUAUAGAUUUGCUCUUGUCCGUCUGUCCGUCCUUCCGAAAAUGUUGUGUCGUGCGUAGCUCUGAAAGUAUUUGACGUAGAGUCACAAAACUUUACAGGAAUGUUGGUCAGCAUGUGUAGUUGUACACCUGGGGUUUCGCGUCCGGAUUCAUUCAGUCAUGUAGAAGUUAUGGCCCCUGACUUUGUAAAAAUUGGUCAUUUUAAUAUUGUGUUACGCCUAGCUCCAAAAGUAUAUGACCUAGAGUCACAAAACUUUACAGGCAUGUUGGUCAGCAUGUGUAGUUGUGCACCUUGGGUUUCGCGUCCGGAUUCAUCCAGUCAUGUAGGAGUUAUGGCCCCUGACUUAGUAAAAAAUUGGUCAUUUUAAUGUUGUGUCGCGCAUAGCUCCAAAAGUAUUUGACCUACAGUCACCAAAGUUUACAGGCAUGUUGGUCAGCAUGUGCAGUUGUGCACCUGGGGUUUCGCGUCCAGAUUCAUUCAGUCGUGUAGGAGUUAUAGCCACUGACUUGGUUAAAAAUGGGUCAUUUUAAUGUUGUUUCGUGCGUAGCUCCAAAAGUAUUUGACCUAGAGUCACCAAAGUUUACAGGAAUGUUGGUCAGCAUGUGCAGUUGUGCACCUGGGAUUUCGCAUCCUGAUUUAUUCAGUAUUGUAGGGGUUCUGGCCCCUGACCUGGGAAAAAAUUGUCAUUUUUGGCCCCUGACCUGGGAAAAAUUUGUCAUUUUAAUGUCAUGUAGUGGGGGCAUCUGUGUCCCAUGGACACAUUUCUAGUUAACAAAAAUAUUAAAAAAAAAAAAUUUAGACAGUUUUACCUGGCUUCACCAGCAAAGCAAAUUUUUUCAGUACCCAAUAAUUGGCAGAUAUUGGCAAUGACUGACUGAAACUAGAGAUGCUUUUGAGAAAAGCGCAUGUCUUCCACAACUGCCUUGUUUGUCUGGAUUGUUCAGACGAUUGGUUCCUAUCAAUGUCUACAUGGUCUAGACAAGUGGAUCCAGUCAGUAAUUCAAGGGCCAUAAUUCAAAAGUGUCUGGGCAGAUUCGGUUAAUUAUCAAACUUGGCUGAGGUCUUAUGGUGAAACACAUUUUGUUCAAGUUCGGUGAAGAUCGGAUGAGAAAUGUUCGACCUAGAAUGCGGACAAGCUUUGUGACAGACACACACACACACAGAGACAGGAGUAAAUUAAUAAUAUUUAUGUCUCCUACACCACUGUUUGGUGGGAGACAUAAUUAGAUGUAAUUCAAUGAAAUUGAUUCAUACCAUUCAUACCAUAAGUAGUCAAGAUGAUAGGUAAAAACUGUUUAAGGUAUACCAGCAAAUUUUUUCGUCUAAAAUUGUUGGCUCGUAUUUGAAUCAGAACCAUUUGGCUCAAAAACAUUUACACCUAAGGAUCAAUCUUAAAAUCUUAUAUUCUUUAAAAUAUUUUUUUCUUUUCAUUAAAAAAAAAUAGGGCUGGGACGAUUUCAAAAUUCUGAAACCGGUUAAUCUUUUCUAUGAAAUCGAACCGAACCGGUUAAUCGGCCGCCAUAUUGAAAAUGCUGUUUUUUUUUCCUGACGACGGUAUCAGAUAACUUCCAGCAGCUAAUUACAUUAGGAACUUAUGAACUUUAUCCUUUUAAGUUUAUCAUAUUUUGGUGUAUUUUAUUUUACACAUAUCACCACAGGCAAAUCCAAGACUACUGAAUAUGUUGAAUGUGUUUUAUUUAUGAACUUUUUGGAAUUUUCUUUGCCUUCAGCUAAAUGAAAGAUAUGAAAUUAAAUUCUGAAUGCCUGAGUUUGCUAAAGACAUGUUUGUGAGUUUAUAAUUUUUUCAUAUUGACAGUUAUUGCUGUUUAAAAGCAGUAGUUUGUAUAAUAAAUAAUUUUAUGUAUCGAAGGUAUUCACAAUGUAUUUAUUUUCACUACUUUUAAUUAUUUUGAAAGCAAAUAUGACCCGUCUAAAGGUCAGCACCAUAUUUUGUUGAGCUCAAGUCAAUACUUGAAAAAAAAAAAAAUAGCUGAGAUAUAUCUGUGAUGUUGUGUUGUAAAA